CAGCAUUGAGAUCGAAGAAGCAACACACCGCUCUACACGCCUUCCAGAAGACAGCGCCCAUGCGCCUCCGCCCCCGACACCGCUCCGGCUAAGGUCUCCUCUACCGUCAUGCUUGCGCCAGCAGCAUGUAUCGCACCACCGAUCCCCGCUUCCGUCGGCGCAUCAACGACAUCACCCAUACCCUCGAAUCAGCCAAUGAAGCCACACAAAGCGGGAUUUACAUCUUCGGCCAGAAUUACAUCAAACCCUGUUUCGACAGUAUAGGAUCAUGCUUCACCACAUGCAUCGACGCGAGUUGUCCAAGUCUGAACUUGAGCCAACGGGACCGAAUCCGGCGACAGAGAGCUCGGGGCAACACUCGAGGGCGUGCGGAGCUGAGCUUCGACUUCUACGAUGAUUGGGAUGAAGAUGAAAAUGAUGGACUGCUAGGCUGGGGCAACGAUGAAUUCGACCGGUUGGUGGCAGGGAGUGGAGCGCAUGGAGGUUAUGGCGCGACUGAUGCGCAACCUGCGAGACAGCGUGAGAUGUCAUAUCCCAAAGGCCGAAGGAAAAGUAUCGUAGAGGGAGAGGACCCGACAGUGAUUCCUGGAAGCAGUGGCGGGUUCUUUAGAAGGCUGUUCGGAGGCGGAAAGGAUUUGAGAUACAGGCCCAGCGCCGCGGAUUUGCAGGAGCAUCCUGGAGCGAAGAAGAACAAAGUACGAUUGGAUCACGAACGGACAGAGGGCGAGGCGUUAUUGGAAGAUGAUGAGCUAGGCGUAGGAAGACGAGGUAAAGCUCGUGCAAGGAGUGGGACGCAGGGCAGUCACAACACAUCGAGCAGCUACAGCAGUCGAGGCGACAUCUUUCCGAGCGACGAAGAGGAUGAUGCGAUACCACUGGAUGAUGAAUUCGCCAUGGUCCUAGAGCGACGAGGGACAAUGACUGGAAUGGAGACGGAAAGCAGUUCUGGGAGAAUCGCGCCACCUCCAAAGCGAGGUAAACGUCCCUCGGCUGGAAGUAGAACCUCUACAAGAACAGUCUCGUCUCGAAGCGCACGGAGCGAGCGCGGGAAUAGUCGAAAACGAAGGAGCCGAACGAGCAGUUACGCUCGCACACCCAGUUCGGACGAGAUUGUUGCCGAAGAGGCAGUCGAGGACAGCGUGCAAGAGCGGACGCCGUCGUACGCAGACCUCAAGCGACAGGAAGCGCAAAUUGCGGAAGAAGAAGAGGCAGAAAUCACGCGUAGACGGGAAUCGGCCUUGCGACUCGCAGAAGAACGUGGGCUGGCUCCCGAAGAGAAUCUCAGUAGCAAAGAAGCUACGCCGAGAAGUACCACACCUGCUGUGCCCGAAGUUCCAACAGUCCCCGAGGAAACCGGAGAAGAAGUCGGCGAUGAAAGUACGCAAGCAGAGCGAAAUUCGCAUACUUGAAACGAAGAUCAGCGAGCGACUGUGGAUGAGAGGAGAUGAUGCGUUCGAGCGAGGCGUUGUUGGCUUUUUUCUUUUUUGGAGCCUUUACUUGGAGAAAAAGUCGUUGUGCACACAUUAACAUCCAGAGCGGAUAUCCUGUACCAGAGCAUCACGACGCAUGAUACAGAUCAUUGGAGGGAGAACGCGAGUCACAGUUUGGGAACUGCCAAGUGCAGAAGGCGACCAGAUGAUAACGAUAGGGCAUUGCUGUUGGUUUUUUUUUUGGCAUAAACUUUUGGUGAUACCCAGGAUGGAAACAUACUUUUCGCAGCACAACUUAG